GGUCAUAGCCGCGGUCUGUGCGCAUGCGUAUAGCACAGGGCAGCGUUCAGCGCGCUUUAGCUGAAGACUCGAUGCUGUCAAGUUAACGCACUGGCUGGGGGCACACCGUUCCGAGAUUUGUCUCGCGUACCGUUAUUCACGUCAAAUGCUGGCAGAAAAUAGCUGCCGAGCGAUUCAUGCGAUGUAACAAAACAGAGGGAGGGCAAAAUACGAACCGAUAUCAGAGAGACGCCGCACCAGCGCUUGAUAAACACAGCAGUAGUCAGUCAUGCCGCUGGUGAAGAGGAGUAUCGAGCCCAAGCACCUGUGUCGAGGAGCUCUGCCUGAUGGAGUGCCCAGUGAGCUGGAGUGUGUCACCAACAGCACCCUGGCAGCCAUCAUCAAACAACUGGGCAGCCUGAGUCGUCACGCAGAGGACAUCUUUGGAGAGCUGUUUAAUGAAGCCAACAGUUUCUACAUGCGUAUGAAUAACCUGCAAGAGAGAGUGGACCUGCUGGCUAUCAAAGUGACCCAGCUGGACUCCACCGUGGAAGAGGUCUCUCUGCAGGAUAUCAACAUGAGGAAGGCCUUCAAGAGCUCCACCAUUCAGGACCAGCAGGUGGUUUCCAGAAGCUCAAUCCCAAAUCCUGUCCUGGAGCUCUACCACCGUGGAGACAAACCUCCCCCUCUCAACAUUCUCAGCCCUUACAGAGAUGAUAAGAAGGACGCACUGAAGUUCUACACAGACCCCUCCUACUUCUUUAUCCUCUGGAGGGAGAAAAUGCUGCAAGCCACAGAGGACAAGAGAAAAGAAAAGAGGAGACAGAAGACCAGCGGCUCAGGCCAGACUCACUCAGACCAGACUAAGUCCCACUCCAGACAGGCCCUUCUCAGAAGCCCCCUCCUAUCCUCCGAGCAGCAGAAGCAGGUGGAGGACCCCAGUCGUGAGGUGAAAAAGGUUCGUAAGGCUCGGAAUCGUAGGCAGGAGUGGAACGUAAUGGCGUAUGAUAAGGAGUUCCGCUCAGAUGCCCGCUUCACACCUUCACCGUACCAUGGCAUGUCCUCUGAGGGCUCGCUUUCACCAGACAACAGGUCGGUUGCCUCAGACAUGGGUGAGCACUCUUACCCAGGCAGCCCCAGUCACCCGGCUCAGCAGAUGGCCGUGGCCAGUGCCUACUCCGCUGCCAAUGGCAAAGAUCACCUCAUGGCCCCCUCUCAUGUCCAAACCCAGUCCCUAGACCGCAUGUAUCGGCCGGCCGCUUCCUCCUCAGCUCCACCUGGGAGACAGACCACUGGCAGGGUUCAGACGUCCCAUGGACAACCAGUUACAGACCCUGCUCUCAACGGGCCACGUCCUCUGCAGGCUAAAGACUACAGUGGUCAGCAGUCUCAACAUCGAGAGUAUUUUGUACCUCCUGCUCCUCCUCCACCUCCUCCUAUCAUUCCUUCUGCCCAGACUGCCUUUGACAGUCCCACCGGCCCCUCCUCUGCCCCGGCCAGUACUAUGCCAUCUCUUUCCCAGACCUACAGUGUUUCUCCUCCAACCCCUGCCCUCCCUGCUUCCUACACCCCUUCCCCAACCCAUCCUCCUCCCGCAGCGCCCCCUCCACCUCCACCUGGGCCACCCACACACCCCCACCCACACCCUCACUCACACACCAUGCCCACUGCCCCUGCGGAAGCACCAGUUGUCCCCAGGAAGGGCCAGAUACCUCUCAUCCCAAUGAGCGAUGCUCGCAGCGACCUGCUGGCAGCCAUCAGACGAGGGAUCCAGCUGCGUAAGGUGCAGGAGCAGCGGGAGCAGGAAGCAAAGAAGGAGCCCGUUGGGAAUGAUGUGGCCACUAUAUUAUCCCGUCGCAUCGCCGUGGAGUACAGCGAAUCUGAUGAAGACUCUGAGCCUGAUGAAAAUGAGUGGUCAGACUGAGACAUUGAAAACAACAAUAGAGAAAAAAAAAAAACCUUAAAUAAGAUUUAGACUGUAGGUUUCAGAGAACAGAAUAAUCACAACUAAUGUAGCAUGCUGAUGUCUGUCUGCACUAAAAUAACACGGCUCAUGUGUUUAAAAAAUAAGGGCUGUGUAACUACAAAGUCUCAAAGAGACCGAUCCAGAAACUUUUGAAUUUUAGAUUGUACAUCUUAAAUUGUAGCCUUGACAGCGAAGUUUAAUGACACCAACAAUGUCUAAUGAACAAUGUCCGUUAGAGAUCACUGGCCUGUUGCAUAAACUGCCUAGACUAGUCUUAAAAGUUAGACACCUGAUUUUUUUUCUGCAAGACAUGAAAACAUAGAUUUAAUCUAAAAAGUAAGACUGAUAACCACUUGGUUAACCAAUUCUUAAGACACAGUCUUAACAUGGUGACUAUGUUUAUGCAACCAACCCCUGGUCAUCUAUGAAGAGUAUUUGAGUCCACUGCCUUGAUACUAUUCAUCAAUUACUCUGAAUGUGGGGGUCCUGCCAUCUGUCCUCUCUGCUGCACUCUUUCUCUCACUCUCCCUAACCUUAGAACAUGACCAUAUUAGAACAGCCAGCUGGAUGAUCAUGCAAUGUUAAUUUCAGUCCUACUCGCCCAGGACUACAACUUAAAGGUCAAAGAAAAUAGCUAUAAAAUCAUUUGGGGCUAAUAUAUUAAGCAUUUACCUAAACAUUUUCAUGUCUAAGCCCAAAGAAACAGCUGCAUUUUGAUAUCUUGAAUGCAUGUUUUGACUGAGUAUCAAGCAGAUAACAAAGCCGUUGAAAUUACAACUGCAAGACAAAAAAAAGCUAUAUUCUUGAGCGAUUUGCUCCGAUAGAGCACAAACACUUAGUAGAUGUUUAGUUAGAUUUUUGUUUGUUGAUUUAAAUUUAUAAAAAGUUACACCUGUUUGCAUUCAAAAUAUCGCAGCUUAUUGAAUAGCAUGGAUGGACAAUCUGAAUCUGAAAACUGUAUCAAGGGCGUGUAAAAAAAAAAAAAAAGGUUCUUUCUGGGACUAGAAGAUAUUUUCUGAAUCUAAAGGAUUGUUGGAAGGCUCAGUGGUGAUGUUUCAUAUACUUUAUUGGUGACACUAUUUCCCCAAAUGUGAUUAAUUUAAAUUAUUAAACCCAUUUUAAUGGGUUGGAAUGAUUUUUAGGGCUUCGUUUGCUUUCUUGACUUCAAGUAAAAAGAUACUAUAUUGGUGCAUUCUGAAUCCACCAAUAGACAAUAACAAAUUGUGAUUGCUGCAAAAGACAGAACUGGGCUCUUAUUCAUCUAUAGGCUCAUUAAACACAAUACUUUAAUACUCUGUGUUCAAGUGGUGCUGUGUUAGUAGCUAUGGAUUAUAUCUGUCAGAAUCUCUUUCUUUGUUUUGUAUUCCUCCUGGGCUUUUCAGAGAGGAAAAAAAACUCCUAGUUAUCUUACUUUUUAAAUGGAUUCAGUGCAUGGCCGUCUGUCCCCUUAAGGAUCGAACCAUUCGCUUGUCAGUCAUCAUCACACUGUAACCACAGUAGAUGUCACGGCAUUGUUACCAAGCCAACAAACAUAGCAUAAUUAAGCAGGCAACAAUGAAUACAGCUGUGCUCUUACCUGUUUGAUCUGGUAAUGCGUACCCAUAAACACAAAUAGAAAUUAACAUUAUGUACUGGAAUUGAUGAACAGCAGUUUUUUGCUAGUGUUUUUAAUUUUAAAUCAUCUUGCUCACUGAGGCAUUUGAAAUAAUAUAUAUGCUGAUUUGUACAGAAUAAGAGCACUUAAGUAUUUCAGCUUUUAUUUUCUGUUUAUUUAGUUAAAUGUGUCACUCACUGCACAAAGGGGGAGUCUUCGAGUUUAACCUCUCCCAACUUAACAGCUAUCAUGAGCUGUGUUUAGCCUGUGAUUUGUAUGUAAAGAAUGAAGUCCUUUGUGUUUCAACCAAUGUGAUGUAUAGAAGUUUGUAAAAAUGACAGAACUUUGAAUUAUAUAGAUACGAAACUGUAUGAAAAUCAGUGUAUCAAAAAAACGUACUUAUAUAUGUAGGCAAAUGCAGGCAAAUGCUGCAUGCAUGUACGGAGUGGCAUUAAAGUGCUUCUUAAAAUA